UGUUGUCAACCGCGACCGCCGCCAACAUCACUGGAGAACAGGCAAGCCGCGAACAAGACAACGGCGCUUAUUGUUCCGGCUUUGUUGAUAGGGAUUGUUGGCUAUGUCACCUGGGUUGUGGUCGUCCUUAUAGGCAGUCGAAACGGCACAGGAAUCGCCGUUAUAGUGCUAUACUUUGUAUUCUUCUUUCCGAUGACAAUUAGCUAUCUACGACUUCUCAUGACUAUACCACAUCCCGGGUAUAUCGAANAAGGAAGCCCUACAGCUGCUACUCCAGUCAGGCCAGCAACAGAAGCUCCUCCUCAGCAUAACAUCCAGGCUUCAUGUACGAGUACCAAGGUCCAGGAUGGUACGAAUCAGUCCGCCGACAAGAAGUACACUUCAACUCCUCAGGAGCCUGCAGUUACGUUACUAGACACGAAAGCCAUCUUGAGUGGCGAAUUACCGCCACCACCAGGUACAGAACGCUUCUACUCGAGGGAUGUCUUUGCUUGCGAUCAGAAUGGCCUUCCAAUCUGGUGCGGCGUUUGUAACAACUGGAAGCCAGAUCGAUCACAUCACGGCAGCGAUGUUGGUCGAUGUGUCUUGAAGAUGGAUCAUUUCUGUCCGGUUCGAGGAGUCGUGGGAGAGCGAAACUUCAAUUUCUUCAUUCAAUUCUGCUCGUACGCUGGAAUUUAUGCUUUAUUUGUUAUGAUCGUUAUGGCUAUCUUUGUCGCUGAAGCCAGAGGCAGAGGAAACUCACCAGGUGGCAACUGGGUCGCUGGUGUAACCCUCGGAGCUGUUUUCACGCUAUUCGCAGGCGGAAUGGCGAUGACUAGUAUCGGACUUGCCCUGAAGAACCUCACAACUAUUGACAACAUCGGUCACCAGAGAAGAGUCAUGCACAUCGCCGUACUAGUUGACUCUUCGCAACAUCGGCAACCUAGACCUAUGUCAACAGACCACGUUAAACCAACACAUGGAUCAGAAGACGACGAAGACNCCUGGCAGGGCACAAUCACAUAUCCGUUGACAGUGAUGCCUGAUGCAUCUUCAAAGACAACGUUACCACCACCUACAUCAUCGCCACCUAGAACAUUCGCCAUAUUGCGCACACAUCCUGGCAUGAAUCCUUGGAACCUUGGGGCUUUCCGAAACCUCAAAUCUAUCAUGGGCAACCGUUGGUAUGACUGGUUCUUGCCUCUACGACACUCGCCUUGCUGCAACCACGACCGUGGCGAUAGUAUGUACGAACUCGGUCCGGAUGUUGAGCGACUGAAGGUUGACGCCGGUCUAUCGUCUUCGAGUAGCAGAGGCGGAUCGAGUAGACGCAAGCACAGGAAACACCGGCACCGCAGAGAAGACUCCGAAGAUGUAGAUAUCAUGGGUUCUACACUGGCAAAUGUCAACGGCUCGACAGGGAGGGAGCAGAACAGCUUUGAGUCAGCCUAG